UACAUCCUAACGACACAGGCUGAACAACGAGGAAGUGUAAUCAGCACUGUCGUCCGUAUAUAUGUCUGUGCAGUCGUCUACGUUUAGUUAGGCAGUGAACCACGCGGUGAGUAGUAGUCAGUUUAGUCAAAACAACCGAGAAACAUCGCAGCAAACCAACCAGUAGAAAUCAAGGAGGUGGUCAGAAGUUAAGAAUAGCUUGGUAGCUAAUUUAGCGAGCAAAAUCAAGCGAGGUAGCUAGCAAGUAUUACAUUUCGUCUGCAGGGGAAGUUUAGAAUAAACUUCCAGUGACUUGCUGAAAUGGACAAAAACGGAAUGAGGGGAUUUGGGGGUAUCUGUGAGCAAUACCGAGUGAGUCUGGAGCAGCGGAUUGCACAGGGACACAUAGACCUUGUGGGUGGGGACGAGGAGCUCUGUCGGUGGAUGGAGGGGAUGCUGAAGGAAGGAGACUCCCGAGAGGUGCUAACUGUCCCGGGCCUGGACACCCAGGCAACGAUGGAGGACUCCCUCCAGGCUCCGCCUGUUUGGGGUUGCGCUGUUGGUGGGAUCCCUGAGCCAGCUGCAAUCCCAGGCCUGGGGGCCAUCAGCAAGGCCUUCGAGUUUCUGGAGCGAGCCGCACUAAAUCUGUACAUGUGCCCCUGGAGGAAGGAGUACAGAGUCAUGAAGCUCUUCUCAGGCAUGUUCACACAUCUGGUGAGGCCAGCACUGUCUGCGCAGCAGGUGGCACAGCUGUUUGGGUUGCUGGGAUACCAGAGCAACGGGACGGAGCUGGUACUGCGAGACGCGCUCCCGUCUGCAGCCGGCCUGCUGGGUUUGGCGUGUGCUUUCUUUGUGGCGAGGUGCGAGAGCCGGCUGCUGUCCACCGCAUCGGGAGGGCGGCCAGGCGCCGAGCUGACCCUGGUGCAGGAGAGGCGGAAGGGCCUCAGCCUGCAGGUGGCGCUAGAGAGCCUCCAGGGCAAAAUGGAUGCGUCAGCGUGGGGCCACAUGGAAGAUGUAGACUUGUACUCUGAAGAUGCCUGUGGGGAGAAGGUGGCCAGUGCAGGGGAGAAGCUUUCCACAGCCCCUGUGUCUAGAGAGAGUGUGUGCCCACCGCCUGCAGGGGGCAGCAGUGGUGUCCCCACCCCCACCCCAACCCCAACCCCAAGUCAGAGUCUCCACAUCACUCUGUCCCAGCCGGGUACCACCAAGUCUUUUGGGCAAGUUGGGAAGGGAGCUGUCUCACUGACUGCUGAAAAUAAAGGGAUGGGCACAGCACAGGGGCAGAAUCAGACCUGCACCUGUGAUCAGUACCCUGAGUCUCUACUUUUCGAUAGUUGCCAACAGUGCAACGAGACGCACUCUUUUCAUUGUGCGACCCUGGACAUCUGUAAGAAGAACAAGCACAUCAUCAAACCUGCCUAUCAAGACCGUAGUAAAAAGACCAAGCACAACCCCCGUCUCCUUGGUGAUGCAGCCCUGCCAGGGCGUACAGAGGGAGGGGCUUCAACUGCUCUGUCGAAGGAGCUGAAAGUAGGGUGGGAUUCAGCAACUACAAGGGACGAGCCCAAAAUGAGUGGGGCUUCAGCACCAUGUGGUCUGGGUAUGACCUGCGAUAUGCCGUACUGCAGACAGUUACCUCAUGCUUCAUGCAAGGACUGUGGUUUUAGGCUCUGCGAGAAAUGUUGGAUGCUUGCUGACACAACUUGUAACUGUGGAGGAAUCAUUCUAUCCAUCUCAAUGACACCUGUGUAAAUCUACUGUCCCUUCUCACAUUCAAAGAGCUACACCCUUACCUGUCACUGCCAUAGCCAAAGGGAAAUGGAACUGUUUAAGUGAAAAUAAUGCAUGAAUGCAGA